CGGUUGCUUCCAGCUUUAGUCCGGAACCUGGUCACUGAGGUAGCCGACGCGCUGGAUCUGCUGUAACUCGCUUGAUCCUGCUUACCAUGGGUCUCCUCGACCAGUUGUGGGAUGAUACCGUUGCCGGGCCUCGGCCGGAGAACGGUCUCGGCAAGCUCCGAAAGCACAACACCUUCAGUUAUCGAGAGAGUCCCGGCAAGGAAUCAGACGCCGGGAGCGUGAGAUCGAGCGGUGACGAGUCCUUGGAGGAGGCGACGAGAGUAACACGCAGUAUCAUGAUCGUGAAGCCGCCGGGGUACCAGAGUGGAUCGCCGCCGGUUUCGCCAGCUGGGUCUACUCCACCGGUCUCUCCGUUUUCGGGUAAGGGGGUAGAGAGCCCUUCCGGUUUCGAAGGAGGUCGACAUCGGAUGCGUACGAGAAGAGAGGCCAGAACAGAUCAAGCCCUUCUUCUCCUUUCGAUGUCUGAGAAGUGAGCAUCUCAGAAGCACGAAGAUGAUGUUCUGUUAUGUUUUCCUUUACCGUGGAUGUAUCCCUUUUUGUGUUAGAUGUGUGCGCGCGAGAUGAAGUUGUGCGGUGGUUUGUGUGGUGUGGACUGUGGAGCGGGUGGGUUGUGAGAUAUGUAGGUGCAUGAAGUAGGACUGAAUAGAGUAUAUUAUGUUUGUGUAUAUGGUCCCUCUUCAUAGGUUGGUGCUGUUCUAGAUUUUUCUUCUGCCUGUAAGUUUUUUGGCCUGAAUAUAGAUAAGAUUCUACCGGGUAGUUUCUGGAUCA